AUGGACACACAAAAUAAUAAUUAUGGUAGUAGUCGUAAUAGUAACGCAUAUAUUAAUAAUAAUGAUUUAUUAGUGGAUAUACAAAGUAGAUUCUCUGCUAUUGAAGAAUCGCCAUAUGAAGAAGUGGCAGCUAAUGUAUUAAAUACUGAUGAUAAAACAUUACCAUGUUUAACAUUCCGUUCGUUUUUACUGGGUAUUGUAUUUGUAAUUAUUCUUAGCUUUAUUAAUCAAUUCUUUUUAUUUCGAACGAAUCCAGUUGUCGUCACAUCAACUAUAGUGCAGAUUUUGUCAUAUCCAUUGGGAAAGUUAAUGGCAAGAACAUUAACAACUCGUUCACUUCAUAUAACAAAGAAAAUAACAUUUACAUUAAAUCCAGGUCCUUUCAAUAUAAAAGAGCAUACAGUAAUCACAAUAAUGAGUAGCAGUUCAGUACCAUACACAAUUUAUCUCAUUACACUUGCGAGACAUUUUUAUCAGUUUGACAUGUCACAUUUAGUUGGAAUAUGUCUUGUUUUAUCAUCCCAGAUGAUGGGUUAUUCCUUAGCUGGUAUUAUGCGGAGAUUUCUUAUUUGGCCUAGUUCAAUGAUCUGGCCAACCACAUUAGUGACUAGUGCAUUUCUACGUAUACUCCAUGAAACUAAAGAUGAUGAGAAAGAGUCCAAUUUAUCUAAAUGGACUUUAACGCGUUUGAGAUGGUUUUUAUAUAUAUCACUGAUAUCUUUUUGUUAUUAUUGGUUACCAGGUUAUAUAUUUCCGUUUCUAUCAACAUUUUCAAUUGUUUGUUUGAUUAAACCUAAGAAUUUACUUUUCUCACAAGUAACCGGUAAUAACGGUCUUGGUUUAGGUACAUUUCGUUUAGACUGGAUAGCAAUAACAGCGUUUCUUGGUUCACCUAUUAUUGUUCCCUGGAUAGCUCAAUUAAAUACAAUAAUAGGAUUUCUUAUAUCCGGCUGGUUAAUAAUACCAAUUGGUUAUUAUAAAAAUAUAUGGAAUUCAAAACUUUUUCCUAUUGGUACAACGCAGUUGUAUCGCGAAAAUGGUGAUAAGUAUAAUAUUACAGAAAUAUUAUUAUCAAAUGGCUUAUAUUUAAAUCAAACAGCUUAUGAACACUAUGGUUAUGUUCGAUUGGCAUUUUUGUUUGCUUUAAGUUACGGGAUAGCAUUUGCUGUAAUACCAGCAACCGUUGUCCAUAUAAUAAUCUUUCAUGGUAAACAAAUAUUGCACCAAAUGACAACAUCAGUCGAUGUUGAAAUGAGUGAUAUACACGGAAAAUUAAUGUCCAAAUAUCGAGAAGUUCCCGAAUGGUGGUAUGCAGUUGUGCUUUGUCUAACAUUUUUUGUUUCAUCAUUACUGUGUCAUUAUGGUAAACUGAUGAUAUGGUAUUAUUUAUUUUUAUGUGUUGUUCUUGUAUUUUUCACUUUAUUACCAAUUGGAAUUAUAGCUGCACAAACUAAUCAAGUUAUAGCAUUCAAUAUUAUAUCACAACUUGUUGCCGGCUUUAUAAUGACAGGUGAUGUAAUGGGUGUGGCAACAUUCAAAUCUUAUGGUGUUGAAAUGAAAACAACAGCUAUUGUUUUCUUGACAAACUUAAAACUGGGACAUUACAUGAAAAUUCCACCGCGUAUAACAUUUUCUAUUCAGUUUCUAUCAACAUUCAUCUCAUGUGUUGUCGCAUACAUAACAGCAACAUAUCUUCUUGGUCAUAUUGAUGGUAUUUGUUCAUCUAACAGUUUAAAUUGGUCAUGUCCAAAUCCGAAUUUAUUUUAUUCAGCAUCAGUCAUAUGGGGUCUUGUAGGACCUAAACGCAUGUUUGUAACGAAUAAUAUCUCUUAUUAUCAUCUUUUAUGGUUUUUUUUAAUUGGUGCAUUUCUUCCGUUUCUGCUUUGGUUACUAAUGAAAUUCUCACCUUCAAGACUGAAACUCUACCUAUCUCUUAUACAUGUUCCAGUUAUAUUCACUGUACUCACAAAUAUAGCAACAGCAAAAUUAAGUGAUUAUCCCUCAUGGAUUAUUGUUGGCUGUUUAUUCACGUUAAUAUUACGUAAAUAUGCAAGUGAAUGGUGGAAACAUUAUGCAUUUGUAACAUCCGCAGCAUUAGAUUGUGGUACAGCCGUGUCAUCAUUGAUCAUUUUUUUUAUCUUUAAUAAUCAAAAUAUAAUGUUUCCACAAUGGUGGGGACUUGGUGGAUCAACCGGAGAUGGUUGUCCGUUGUCCAAUGCUAAUUAUUUUGGAAAUAUUUCAAGAUAUAAAUAA